GUUAAGGCUCUGGACCAACGCUGGGCGAACCAGCUUCGCUCCGCAGGUGUCUGCGCGGCUGGCCUCGCUCUCCCCCUAGCGGACCCGUGCGAUAGUGCAUUCUCGGCUCCAGCGCACAGAGCCGCAUCCAGGAACUGUUCGCGCGCGCAGCCUUGGCGCUGCUCGCUGGCCGCCUGCACGCGUGCAGCGACCAGCCAGGCUGCAGCCAGGGGAUUCCAACUGAGGCUCCAGAGUCAGAGACUUCAGCCUAGCAUCACAUUAGGUGCAGGCGGCCGGCCAUCCCAACCCGGGCCGGGAGCGCACGCGUCACUGGGGCCGUCAGUCGCGGUGCAACUUCCCCGGGGAGUCAACUAGGUUCACCUGCGGACUCGGUGCAGUGGAAGCUGCUGAACUUCCCAAGGAACGGGCGCCCUGGGGGCUCUGGGCUUGUGGCUGGUAGGGGAUUCCCGCUCAUUUGCAGUGGCUCAGAGGAGGGUGGACCCAGCAGAUCUGUCUGUGGAGUCUCCAGGACUAGAAUCCCAGGCGCCGCCCUCCGACACGUGAGACCCCGCCGUACCACACCGUAAAGGGCUCCAAGACCCGGGCGCACCGCGGCCGCCGGGAUCAUGGAGGGCGCGUUCGCAGCCAACUGGAGUGCCGAGGCGGUCAACGCUAGCGCCGCGCCUCCGGGGGCCGAGGGCAACCGCACCGCCGGGCCCCCGCAGCGCAACGAGGCUUUGGCUCGCGUGGAGGUGGCGGUGCUGUGUCUCAUCCUGUUCCUGGCGCUAAGCGGGAAUGCGUGUGUGUUGCUGGCGCUGCGCAUCACGCGCCACAAGCACUCACGCCUCUUUUUUUUCAUGAAGCACCUGAGCAUUGCCGACCUGGUGGUGGCUGUGUUUCAGGUGCUGCCGCAGCUGCUGUGGGACAUCACCUACCGCUUCUACGGGCCCGACCUGCUGUGCCGCCUGGUCAAGUACUUGCAGGUGGUGGGCAUGUUUGCCUCUACCUACCUGCUGCUGCUCAUGUCGCUGGACCGCUGCCUGGCCAUCUGCCAGCCGCUACGCUCGCUGCGCCGCCGCACCGACCGCCUCGCCGUGCUCGCCACGUGGUUUGGCUGCCUGGUGGCCAGCGUGCCGCAGAUGCACAUCUUCUCGUUGCGCGAGGUGGCUGAUGGCGUCUUCGACUGCUGGGCCGUCUUCAUCCAGCCCUGGGGACCCAAGGCCUACAUCACGUGGAUCACGCUAGCUGUCUACAUCGUGCCGGUCAUCGUGCUAGCCACCUGCUACGGCCUUAUCAGCUUCAAGAUCUGGCAGAACUUGCGUCUGAAGACCGCUGCAGCAGCGGCGGCUGAGGCGCCAGAGGGCGCGGUGGUUGGCGCUGGGGGGCGCAUGGCCCUGGCGCGUGUCAGCAGCGUCAAGCUCAUCUCCAAGGCCAAGAUCCGCACGGUCAAGAUGACUUUCAUCAUUGUGCUGGCCUUCAUCGUGUGCUGGACGCCUUUCUUCUUCGUGCAGAUGUGGAGCGUCUGGGAUGCCAACGCGCCCAAGGAAGCCUCAGCCUUCAUCAUCGUCAUGCUCCUGGCCAGCCUCAACAGCUGCUGUAACCCCUGGAUCUACAUGCUGUUCACAGGCCACCUCUUCCAUGAACUUGUGCAGCACUUCCUGUGCUGCUCCUCCAGCUACCUGAAGGGCAACCGCCUGGGAGAGACAAGUGCCAGCAAGAAGAGCAACUCGUCCUCCUUUGUCCUGAGCCACCGCAGUUCCAGCCAGAGGAGCUGCUCCCAGCCAUCCAUGGCGUGACCCACCAGCCAGGGCCAGGGCUGCCUCCUGAGGCUUGGGCUGUGCUGGCAUGGGUGGUCUGCCUCUGGGUGGUGGCGUAUGGAUUUGUCUAAGGUACCUAUCAGUUUGUAUCACUCCACUCUUUGGGGUGGCUACAGUCGGGUGGAGAGUAGCCUCCAUGGUGGAAGAUGAUAGGGGACUCAGCCAUCAGACAACCCCCUGGCCUCUUGCACGUACUUCUACCACCCUGACCGCACUGCUACCCUGGGGAGUGGGUGGGUUGUUUUUUCCCCUGAACCUGUAAUUUCACUCCAGUAUCUUUUUACUUCUUUAUUCUGGGCUAUUGUGAAAAGUGGUAAAUAGAAGAUUGGUGACCAAUUGGGUCAGGAAGUCCAGUGUUCUGGACUUGGGGUAAGGAUUGGGGAUGGGAACUUAGAUGAGGGUGGUGCUGAGAUCCUCCUGACUUCAAAGUGCAUUUGCCUUUGAGUGGACAAGUGCUGGGGUCCUUGGGGACGAACUUGUGAGAGGAUAUCCCAAGGAGUAGGGGAUUACCUUAUAAUACUAUCUGGCAUAGCAGAUCAAUUAGAACUUGGGUAAAAAAUGUUUAAAAAGCUAAUGUUUAAGAAGCAGUUGGGAAAGAAAAAGAAAUAAUGCAUCCAGAUUGGAAAAGAAGAAAUAAAACUGUUUGCAGGCGACACUGUUUUGUAUGUAGAAAUUCACACACACACACACACACACACACACACACACACACACAGAGCUAUUAGAACUAAUAAGCAAGUUCCACAAGGUUGCAAGAUACAAGACCAGUAUACAAAAAUGAAUUGCAUAUCCUUAUACUAGCAACAAACAAUAUGAAAAUGAAGUUAAUAAUCCCAUUUGUAUUAGAAUCAGAAAGAAUAAAAUAGGAAUCAAUUUAACAAAACAAGUGCAAGACGGAAAACUACAAAAUUUGAAAGAAAUUAAAGAAGGCUUAAAUAAAUGGAAAGACAUCCUGUGUUCAUGGAUCAGACUUAGUAUUGUUAAGAUGGCAAUACCAUCCUAACUGAUACACAGAUUCGCUGCAAUCCUUAUGAAAAUCGUAGCUAGCUUCUCUGCAGAAAUGGAUAAGCUAGUCCCAAAAUUCAUAAAGAAAUACAAGGGAUCCAGAAUAGCCAAAUAAGCCUUGAAAAAGAACAAAGUUGGUGGAUUCACACUUCCUGAUUUCAUAAUUUAUGAUAAAGGUACAGUAAUCAGAGCAGUGUGUUACUGGCUUAAGAACAGACAUAUGGAGUAGAAUGAAGAGUACAGAUAUGAACACUUGUACUUAUGGUCAAUUGAUUUUUGACAAGAUUCCCAAGACAAUUCAAUAGAGAAAGAAGAGUCUUUUCAACUAAUGGCACUGGGACAAUGAUAUGCAUGUGCAAAAGAAUGAGGUUGGACCUUUACUCAUACCAUGUGCAAAAAUCAACUCAAAAUGCAUCCAAGACCUAAAUAUAAGAGCCGAAAGUAUAAAAUCUAAGAAAGAAAUGUAGGCAUAGAUUUUUGUAACCUUGAAUUAGCCAGCAGUUUCUUAGAUAUGACCCCAAAGACACAAGCAACCAAUGAAAAAAAUAGGUAAAUUGGAUUUAAUUAAGAUUUGAAGCUUUUGUAAUUCAAAAGACCCUAUGAAGAAAGUGAAAAGACAACCUGCAGAAUGGGAGAAAAUAUUUGCAAGUCAUCUAUAUAUCUGGAAUAUAUAAAUAACUUGUAUCCGAAAUAUAUAAAUAACUCUUAUAACAUAAUAAUGAGGAGAAAAAUAAGUCAAUUUUUAAAAUGGCCUAAAGAUCUGAACAGACAUUUCUCCAACGAAGAUAUGCAAAUGGCUAAGAAGCACAUGAAAAAAUGCUCAACAUUAUUAUUCAUUGGGAAAUGCAAGUCAAAACCACAAUGAGAUUCCACUUUACAAUCACUAGGAUGGCUACAAUAAAAAGAUGGACAAGAGCAAGUGCUGGUGAGGGUGCAGAGAAACUGGUGAAAUGUAAAUUGUUGGUGGGAAUGUAAAUGGUGCACCUGCUUUGAAAAACAGUUUGGCAGUACCUCAAAAAGUUAAAUGUAGAGUGACCAUAUGACCCAGGAAUGCCACUCCUAGGCAUUUACGCAAGAGAAAUGAAAACGUACAUACACACAAAAACUUGUACGCCGAUAUUCAUAGCAACAUUGUUUGUAAUAGCCAAAAAGUGGAAACAACCCAGAUGUCUAUCAACUGGUGAAUGGGAAAUAAAAUGUGGUAUAUCCAUACAAUGAAACGUUAUUUGACUCUAAAAAGCAAUGAAGUGCUGACACGUGCUACAACAUGCAUGAACCUUGAAAACAUUACAUGAAGUAAAAGAAGGCAGUUGCAAAAGCCCACGUAUUGUCUGAUUCCAUUGAAAUGCAGUGUCUAAAAUGGACAAAUCUAUAGAGACAGAAUAUAGGUUAGUGUUUGCCAGGGCCUGGAGGCUGUGGGAGAUAAGGCGUGACUACAAAAGGUAUGGGAGUUUCUAUUUUUGGGUGAUGAAAAUGUUCUGAAAUUAGUGGUGAUGGUGCACGAUUUUGGGAAUGUACUAAAAACCAAUGAACUUUAAAAAAAUAAAAAAUGUUCAACAGAUAAAUUCAGAGAAGGCCAGCUUGAUGGAUGAAUUCCUUGGAAU